UACACCUCGUUGUUUACACAUGCGGCGACAUACCAAAACAAAAAACACGUUUUUUCUCAAGUGCACCGGUGCGUUUGCUGAAAAAUUAGCCAGUCUACCUUCUCCACAAAAUGGGACGCAAGGAUAAAAAUAAAAAGAAAGGCAAAGGAGCCGAAAAAACGUCCAUGAAGACGGACAAAAAGCUUGUGGCGAAGCAGAAAAAGCUGCUUGCCAAGCUGGGCGAAGAAGAUAUCGAGAACAUUGUUGCCAAAUACGAAACGAAGGACACCAAAUCGUCCGACCUGACCGAAAUCGUGUGUCCUCCACCGACGGCCCGCGUGAACGUCGGCAUCUGUGCCCAUCCGGCGGAUAAGGAAGAAAUUUUCAUCCAUGGCGGUGAGUUCUUCAACGGUCAGCAAACCGUCAUUUACGGUGACUUUUACUCGUACAACGUGGCGAAGAACGAGUGGAAAACGUUAAAAUCCUCCAUCUGUCCGGCACCGCGCAGUGGCCAUCAGAUGGUAUCGGUCGCGACGGACGGUGGCCAGAUCUGGCUGUUCGGGGGCGAGUAUGCUUCACCCUCCCAGCUUCAGUUCUACCACUUCCGCGAUCUGUGGGUGUACCGGAUGGCGAAGAAGCAGUGGGAAAAGCUGAACGCCCCGAACGGCCCCAGCGCUCGCAGUGGCCAUCGGAUGGUGGUCACACGCAAGAAACUGUUCGUGUUUGGUGGUUUCCACGACAACAACGCUUCGUACCGUUACUUCAACGAUCUGUAUGCCUUCUCGCUGGAGAACUACACCUGGACGAAGAUUGAGGCUGCUGGGACGGCACCGCCAGCACGUUCCGGUUGCUGCAUGGUGGCAAACACGGAUGGGAAAAUUCUUAUCUGGGGUGGUUACUCCAAAACCAACGUCAAGAAGGAAAUUGACCGGGGAACAACCCACACGGACAUGUACACCCUAGCGGCCGACAAGCAGGACGCGAAGGGACAGGCGGGCGGUUACAAGUGGACCAGCGUUAAACCGAGCGGCAAAAAGCCAGCACCGAGGAGUGGAAUGGCAGUUGCCAUUGCACCGAACGGCAAAGCGUACGCGUUCGGCGGUGUGAUGGAUACGGAAGAGGAUGAAGAGGACGUUAGGGGAUUGUUUAGCAGCGAGCUGCAUGCGCUCGACACGAAUGCCUGCACCUGGCGCAAGCUAGAGCUGGCGGCAAAGGCACGGAAAAGCACCGCCAAGCCGACUGACGUUGAGAUGAGCGAGGAAGAAAGGCAAGCGAUCGAGGCCAAGAAGAUCGUAUCGGACGACGGCGUUUUUACCAUGACCGUUGGAGGCGGUAGUGGUGGUAGCAGCGGAAGUGCUUCAAAAAGUGCAAGCAAAGCCGAAGGAGAAGGAGAUAGUGGUGCCCUUGAUCUGGGCGGACCUUCUCCGAGGAUGAACGCGGCGAUUGUUGUGUGCAAGGGUCAGCUGUUCGUCUACGGUGGUCUUUUUGAGUCCGGUUCCCGGCAGUACACUUUGAGCGAUCUGUAUUCUCUCGAUCUACACAAGUUGGAUGUGUGGAAAACGUUGAUUGCCAACAGCUUAAACUCAAGCGAAUGGCUCGGUUCCGAUAGCGAAGGAGAUUCUUCAGACGAUGAUGAGGAUGAUGAUGACGACGACGAUGAUGAUGAUGAUGAUGAUGAUGACGAUGACGACGAUGAUAGUUCGGAAGAGGAUUCUUCCGGUAUGGAAACGGAAUGAUGAGAAAUCAUUGUAUCAAGAAAAAUACCUCCUUACUAAUGUUUGUACGAUAUUACAAUAAAAGAUUCAAAAGCUAA